GAAAUGAGCGACGGUCCCCGAUUCUGACAGCGCGAAGCGGCACUUCUGACAGCCGUCCCGCCCCCUCUCACUGCUGAUUGGCCGUCGGCCGAGCGCCGAGCGCAGCGAUUGGACGGAAGCCCGGCGAGGUCGACCUUUCACACCUGUCCCCAGAAGAGAGAUGGAGGGUGGAACACGCACUGAUGCACGCCAAGCACCGUGGCCACGAGGCCAUGCACGCCGAAAUGGUCCUCAUCCUCAUCGCCACGCUGGUGGUGGCACAGCUCCUGCUGGUUCAGUGGAAGCAGAGGCACCCUCGCUCCUAUAAUAUGGUCACCCUGUUCCAGAUGUGGGUGGUGCCUCUGUAUUUCACAAUAAAACUGUACUGGUGGCGGUUCCUGGUCAUCUGGGUGCUCUUCUCAGCAGUCACAGCUUUUGUCACCUUCAGGGCCACUCGGAAACCCCUGGUGCAGACAACACCCAGGCUGGUUUAUAAGUGGUUUCUGCUAAUAUACAAGAUGAGCUACGCCACUGGAAUCGUGGGGUACAUGGCUGUGAUGUUUACACUCUUUGGUCUCAACUUAUUAUUCAGAAUCAAACCAGAAGACGCGAUGGACUUUGGCAUCUCUCUCCUCUUCUAUGGUCUUUACUACGGGGUCCUGGAACGGGACUUUGCAGAGAUGUGUGCAGACUACAUGGCUUCCACCAUUGGGUUCUACAGCGCUUCAGGGAUGCCCACCAAGCACCUCUCCGACAGCGUCUGCGCCGUCUGCGGCCAGCAGAUCUUCGUGGACGUCAACGAGGAGGGGAUCAUUGAGAACACUUACAGGCUCUCCUGCAACCACGUCUUCCACGAGUUCUGCAUCCGUGGGUGGUGCAUCGUGGGGAAGAAGCAGACGUGUCCGUACUGCAAAGAGAAGGUGGACCUCAAGAGGAUGUUCAGCAACCCCUGGGAACGGCCUCACGUCAUGUAUGGGCAGCUGCUGGACUGGCUGCGCUACCUGGUGGCCUGGCAGCCCGUUAUCAUCGGCCUGGUGCAGGGCAUCAACUACAUCCUGGGCCUGGAAUAAGGGCUGGCAGCUCCCCAUCCCCACCAUGGGCACAGCGCGGCGCCGGCCGCAUCCGUCCAUCCCCACACGGAGGGGUUCGGCCGCCCCUGGGAACGAAGGAGGGGAACGAAGCAGCACGGACUCAGCCCUCCUCCCAUCGUGGGACCCGGACUGGUUUUUAAAAAACGAUUCUUUUAAUGAGAGUAUUUAAAAACGACACACAAAAAUGAAACUUUCUAUGGCCGUUUCUAUGGAACGGAUCGUCCCGGAGGCCGCGCAGCGCUGCGCUCGGGGCUGGAUCUCCCAAUCCUGCAGCUUUUGAAGGACUGGGGCUCAUCUCCAAGCUAUUCUGUGCUUGGAAAAAGCAGAGCCCACCGAGGAAAGACACACAGCUGCCCCAAAACGGAGCCGGCUUUGAUGCGGGGGGGGAGGAAGGAGCCGAUUCCCAGCCCGCUGCCUUUUGUACACCGUCUUUUCUACGUGUCCCAGUGCUGGGAGUGCUGCCCUUGGCCAGUGGGAUCUGCGGGUACACGGAGCCGUGGGGACACCCACGGGCACCUCCACACAUCGUUUGCUCUUUUAGCAGUGGAUGGAAGGACGGAGCCGUGGGGCUGAGGAGCUCUGCUCCGCUUCCCCCGGUGCGUGGAAGCCCCGGGUUCGUGGUCGGUGAUGUGGCACGCUGGUGACUCUGAGCCACGCGGCCGCGUCACACGGGUGCCGGGAUGACCCACCUGCCCCCCAUCGUUCCCAUUUUAGGGGGAGAAACCGAUGGGAUGGCAGCUGCGGUGCCGUCAGAAAUCAAUCGGUAAUAAAACGUCUCCAAAAGCA